GCUAUCGAGGAGGGGCGCUGGCACCGCCGUUUCUCGCUUGCUUCUGCCGACCGGCGAUGGGAAGACGCCGGGCGGCUUCCCCGAUCUUGUGCAAAUCCAUGGGAGGGCUGUUCGCGCCGAGACGCAGAAUUGUGCACUGAAAGAGGGGCCCCGAUGUCGACCCACAUGGAGCCGCCGAACUGGACAGCCGGGAGAUCAGGGAAUCGGGACGAAUCCCACGAAGUUAAUUGUACAUCUCAGCCUCUGCCCAGUGUCAUGUCUGCGACCGUUCACUUUGCAAAAGGCAACCAGAACCCCGAAUGCAGCAUCACAUCUAGGGAAGAAUCGUUCAAGGAAUCUGCUGAGCCUAACCUGGCUAGUGUUUUAGAGCACUGCUUUAAGCAAUAUAGACUCAGAGAUGCGUAUCCACAUUAUUUCUUUAAACUGAAAAAAAGUAGGUUUGGCCCACCCAAAUCUAGGCGGCGCAUUCUUAUUGCCCCUCCUAUGGGGGCAGUGGCUCCUGGAGGCGCUAGACCUCAGCCACCAGCGCCCAGUGGUCCAGAGCAGACAGCUCCAGGCUUGCAUAUACCUCCAGAGGCAAAAGGUAAAAUCUCUACGGAAGAGGAGGAUCUACAAGAGCUGGAGGCUUGGAUUGAGGAGAGGAAAAAGCUGCAGGAUUUGCUGAACAACUGCGUAAAUCUUGAGCAAUGGUUGACUGUGAAGCAGCCUGUCACUGAGCAGGAAGAAUGCAUCUUGGGGAGAAUAAAGGAAGCUCAUGAAGCAAAGAAAGCUAAAGUGGAAGCCAAGAUGGCUGCUGUCAGCAGCGUUGAGCAUCCGAUGCCGAAUGUAAAACAAAGAAAAAUCAUCCCUGUCAUCGAGUCCCCCUACCCUGAGUCCCUCAUGACGCUGCAGAACCUCCUGCACAAGCAGAAAGUCACGCUGCUGGAUCUCUUCUACAAAGUUGAUAGGACCAAGACAAUGAAGUUCAAGAGAGCAGACUUCAUUAAAAUUAUCCAAAAGACCAAGGUGCCAAUCAGUAAAAAUGACCUGGAGGACAUCAUCAUCUAUCUCAGUUCUUCAAAGAAAGGGGAAUUUAUAACCAAUGAUGAUCUUGCUCAAUGUCAGAAAAUAUGGAUGGACAGCAUAAGAGAACAAUGGAAACAAUCUAAGCAUGUUGCUUGCAUGACUAGACAGAGAGUUUCGACUGCUUGUGACAAGAUCAAAGACGUAUCAUCUCGCCAAACUAAGUUAACCCUGUUGGAGAUUCCCCCCAUGAACACUGAAAUGGAUGCCAUGCAUCUAACUUAUAACCAAAUGGAGGAGGCUGGGAAGAGAUACAAGGAAAUGAGACGGCAGCAGAAGAGGAAGAUCAACCCGUUAGAGUUUGCAGAGCAGUGUCGAAUGGUGAAGUCCGGAGACCCAGUCGUGGAUGCUCACUGCAUGCCGAGCACCAUGGAGGGUGAAGUGGGAGAGCUGGUGGACCAGCACCGACUGACUUCACACCUGGUCUACACUCAGUGUGUCAAGCUUUGUGAAAAAUACGGGGUUCCGCUGACUGAGAAACUGCUGAAAAAGGCUCUGCUGUACCCAGGGGAUAGACUCGUAAGAAUGGAGAACAACUUUCUGAAGAUGAGGCAACCGGGGGGUUAUUAUGGCAAAACUGGUCUUUCCCAAGUAGGAUCAUCGAAAGAAAAGUCAAGAAGCUCUUUGAAGUUUAAACAAAGAAAGCCUAAGCCAGAGCUGUUCAAAGAGGAAAAAGUCAUAAAGGAGAAGAUUCGAAAUUGCCGCUGGGAGUCGUUUGGAGAAUUUAAGAAACUAAUGAAAAACCACUUAAAAAAGCAGAUUCCUCCAGAGGAGAUUUGCACGGAAAGCUUACUCGAUGCGAGGCUACACAAGACGCAGGAAGCGCUGGCGCAACAAUAUCUGCAAAAAGAACUGAAGAGAAUGUUUGCCCAUUUGAAUCCCUUGACUAACCCCAAUAAUUUCUGGCCGGGACAUCUUCUCGAUAAACUGCGCCUAUAUCUACCCCAAAUGGAACGCGAUGAAGGGGACGCCCUGUUCAGCCAUGUUUCUUGCACGCGCCCAGUUUACCCUGCUAUUUACAAUCCUCACCGCAACUGGCCAGUCAGUGGCCAGCGAUACGUGACCUAUGGCGAUCCAGAAUCCCGAAAGCAUUAUUAUUAUAUUUGACAGGAUUUUGAAACUUUUUGCAAUGCUGACAUUUCAUGAGCUGUUGGUUACUGGAACGGAUCUGCCGUGAUAAGCCAACAUCCUAAGAAAAUCAAGGUGAUCAUGGCAAGAGGUCACUGAUAUGUGACAACAGUAGAGUUUGGCAAAAGGGCUUUUCCAGACCAUCAGUAAAAUAUGUGCCCCAACCACAUGUUGUGACUUGUGCGAUAAUGCCACAGGUCCCCAAUGGCACGAUUUUCAAUCUGCCUGGAAGGACAGAGAUAGCUUUGCUGCAAGAACAUGCUUGCGCUGCUGUUUCCCUUUGAAAAAAAACUAUAGGUGGGAAGGUGCACUGUGGCCCAGAAGAUAUGGAGUGCAAAGCCCCUUCAGCAGAGGAGGGGAACCCAUGGCCCUCCAGAUGUUGGACUACCCCUGAACAUCCCAGGCCAUUGGCCAUGCUGACUGGGGCUGGUGGGGACUGGAGUUCAACUAUAUCUGGAGGGCCACCAGUUCCCCAUCCUUGCUCAAGAGGAAGUGUAGAAAGGACUGAGAGCACUUGGGGAUGGGGAAUGACUCCAUGGUAGUGGACGUGCUUUGCUCGGAGAAAGCUCCAGGCCCUGGCAUCUCCACUUAAAAGGAUCUCAGGGCAUAAGAAGAGUUCUGCUGGAUCAGAACAGGGUGAAAAAAGAGAGAAGCAAAUUCUCAGGAUCCUGAACUUUUCAUUGGUAGGUUGAACAGCCUGAUGCAUUUUGGCCUGUAUCUUUUCAAGGCC